AUGACUGUUGCAAAGGAGCCAAAGGACGUACAUUCGGCCCAUCUGGAGCACGCGGAUGGCGACGUGGUCCUCCCGGACGAACACGACGAAGGCCAAUGGCACUGUAUCAAGAACAAUAAAGUCUGUGUCGCCUGGCUGUUGUACAUCAUAUUUGUGCUCUGCAUCCAGGGCUUUGAUAACCAGGCUGGCAGCAUCGUCAUUAGCAUCGAGCAGUUCCGCAAAGACUUUGGGUAUUAUUAUGACGGCAACUAUGUUCUCCCGGCGAAGUGGCAGUCUGCCUUCAGCGGUGGACCUGUCGCCAGUGCAAUCGUCGGAGCUCUCAUCUCGGCCCAGCUGGCAGACCGAGUCGGACGUCGAUGGACAAUCCUGGCCACUAUCUGCGUAUCCUUUGUCGGCACAGGCCUAGAGUUUGCUUCGACGACAAAUGCACUCUUCUUCGCGGGCAAGUUUGUCAAUGGUCUCGCUGUUGGUUCAUUCAACACCAUUUGUGUGUCCUACAUCUCCGAGAUUUCGCCUCUGCCGAUCCGUGGUCUCUUCACCGGCCUGUCCAAUGUGUCGCUAUGCAUUGGCCCGUUUAUCUGCACUGGCUUAGGAGAGCGGUAUGGCAACCUCAGCACCAGAUGGGCAUAUCGAGGAAUCUUUGUCGCACAGUGGGGCUUCGGCUUUCUCGGUCUCAUCUUUUGUCCCUUUAUGCCCGAGUCGCCCUGGUGGCUCCUCUCGGUCGGCCGGACAGCUGCAGCCCGACAGGCGCUCUCGCGGCUCAGCGUCCCAGCCAACCAGCUCGACGGCCGACUCGAGCAGAUUCGCAUGACACAGCUGCGCGCCCAGGAGCAGACGGCCAGUGCGAGCUACGUCGCGUGCUUCCGCGGGACAAAUCUGCGCCGCACAUUGCUGACAAUCUGCCCGCUGACGGUGCAGGCGAUGGGGGGUGUCAUGUUCAUCAGCAGCUACCAAACGUACUACUUUGAGCUCGCGGGCAACUCGGUGCACCGGUCGUUCCAGCUCUCUCUCGGGUCGCAGGGCCUCUCGCUCGUCGGCAGCAUCACGGCUAGCUUGCUGAUCGACCGGAUCGGCCGGCGAACAAUUAUCGUGUAUGGAACGCUCGCCAUGGCGGUGCUGCUGAUACUCACCGGUGGCCUAGCAACCGCGACCGAACCCGGAACGCUUCAGGCCACUGUCGGCUUCAUGAUGCUCUACAAUGCCGUGUUCAACUUCUGCCUCGGCUCGGCCGCCUACACGAUCGUGUCGGAGAUCCCGACGUUUGCCCUCCGGGCCAAGAGCAUCGGCAUCUCCAUCGUCUGCCAGCAGGCCCUCUACACGGCCCAGGCGUUUGUGUUGCCGUACAUCUUCAACCCGGACAAGGCCAACCUGGGGGCCAAGACGUCGUUUAUCUACGGUGGCUGCUGCCUUAUCAGUCUGGUGGUGUUGUUUUUCUUCCAGCCGGAGACGAAGAACCGGACGUUUGAGGAGCUGGAUGAGCUCUUUAUGAACAGGGUGCCGGCCAGACAAUUUGCGUCAUAUGUAACGACCGUGCAGAAGUAG